GCCCUGCUCCGCGCGCCCGGGGGCCGCCGGCGCCAUGGACCGCGCCCGGGCCCUGGAGCAGCUGCUCCCCGAGCUCACAGGGCUGCUCAGCCUCCUGGACCGGGAGUACCUCAGUGACAGCGCCCUGGAGAAGAAGAUGGCCGUGGCCUCCAUCCUGCAGAGCCUGCAACCCCUCCCAGCCAAAGAAGUGUCCUACCUGUAUGUGAACACAGCAGACCUCCACUCCGGGCCCAGCUUCGUGGAGUCCCUCUUCGAAGAGUUUGACUGUGACCUGGGCGACCUCCGGGACAUGCCAGACGAUGAUGGGGAGCCCUGCAAAGGAGCCAGCCCUGAGCCAGCCAGGAGCCCGUCUCUGAGACAUACAGCCGACCUGCCUCCACCGCUUCCCAACAGGCCCCCACCUGAGGACUACUAUGAAGAGGCCCUCCCCCUGGGACCGGGCAAGUCCCCUGAGUACAUCAGCUCCCACAGGACAGCCAGGGUGUCUGGGGUCUUCCCCAGCCACAGCCCCUGCAGUCCACCUGCCUGUCUCCAAGGUGCCGCUCCCUCUACGAACCCCGCAGAUGGCUGCAGCCCAGCCCACUCCAUCAUGGACGGCUACUAUGAGGAUGCAGAUAGCAGCUACCCAGCGACCAGGAUGAAUGGGGAGUUAAAGAACUCCUACAAUGACUCUGACGCGAUGAGCAGCUCCUACGAGUCCUACGAUGAGGAGGAGGAGGAAGGGAAAGGGCCCCAGCCCACGCACCAGUGGCCCUCGGAGGAGGCCUCCAUGCACCUGGUGAGGGACUGCAGGAUAUGUGCCUUCCUGCUGCGGAAAAAGCGCUUCGGGCAGUGGGCCAAGCAGCUGACCGUCAUCAAGGAGGACCAGCUCCUGUGCUACAAGAGCUCCAAGGACCGGCAGCCACACCUGAGGCUGGCCCUGGACAUCUGCAGCGUCACCUACGUGCCCAAGGACAGCCGGCAUAAGAGGCACGAGCUGCGCUUCUCCCAGGGGGCUACCGAGGUGCUGGUGCUCGCGCUGCAGAGUCGGGAGCAAGCCGAGGAGUGGCUCAAGGUCAUCCGAGAGGUGAGCAAGCCUGCUGGGGGGACCGAGGGGGCAGACCUGCCCAGAUCCCCCGUCCUCCUGUGCAAGCUGGACCUAGACAAGAGACCGUCUCAAGAGAAGCAGCCCUCAGACGUGGACAGCCUGGGCACGGGUGACAACUGCUCCACUCUGGGCCGCCGGGAGGCCUGUGACCAUGGCAAAGGGAAGAAGAGCAGUCUGGCGGAGCUGAAGGGUUCAAUGAGCAGGGCUGCCGGCCGCAAAAUCACCCGCAUCAUCAGCUUCUCCAAGAAGAAGCCACUGGCUGAGGGCCUGCAGACAUCUUGCCCCGACGAGGAGGUCCCGUGCUGCGGCUAUCUGAACGUGUUGGUGAGCCAGGGCUGGAAAGAGCGCUGGUGCCGUCUGAAAUGCAACACUCUGUACUUCCACAAGGACCAUACCGACCUGCAGACCCACGUGAACGCCAUUGCUCUCCAUGGCUGCGAGGUGGCCCCAGGCUUUGGGCCCAGACAUCCAUUUGCCUUCAGGAUUCUGCGCAACCGGCAAGAGGUCGCCAUCUUGGAGGCAAACUGCUCAGAGGACAUGGGCCGCUGGCUUGGACUGUUGCUGGUGGAGAUGGGCUCCAAAGUCACCCCUGAGGCGCUGCACUAUGACUACGUGGAUGUGGAGACCUUGACCAGCAUCGUCAGUGCGGGGCGCAACUCCUUCCUGUAUGCCAGAUCCUGCCAGGACCAGUGGCCUGAGCCCCGUGUGUAUGAUGACGUUCCUUACGAAAAGAUACAGGACGGGGAGCCCAAGCGUCCCGCUGGAGCCCAGGUGAAACGCCAUGCCUCCUCCUGCAGCGAGAAGUCCCAUCGAGUGGAUCCGCAGGUCAAAGUCAAGCGCCAUGCCUCCAGUGCCAAUCAAUACAAGUACGGGAAGAACCGAGCUGAAGAAGAUGCCCGGAGGUACCUGGUAGAAAAGGAAAGGCUGGAAAAAGAGAAAGAGACAAUCCGGAUGGAGCUGAUGGCACUGAGGCAGGAGAAGAGGGAGCUGAAGGAAGCCAUUCGGAACAACCCAGGAGGCAAGUUAAAGGUCCUGGAGGAGGCUGUGGCCACCCUGGAAGCUCAGUGUCGGGAGAAGGAAGAGCUGCGGAUUGACCUGGAGCUGAGGCUGGUGGCUGUGAAGGAGCGCUUGCAGCAGUCCCUGGCGGGGGGCCCGGCCCUGGGGCUCUCUGUAAGCAGCAAGAACAAGAGUGGGGAAGCUGCAAAUAAACCCCAGAACAAUGCCCCAGAGCAACCUGUCCCUGUCAACUGUAUUUCUGAGCUGAGGAAGAGGAGCCCAUCCAUCGUAACUUCUAACCAAGGAAGAGUGCUGCAGAAAGCCAAGGAAUGGGAAAUGAAGAAGACCUAGAAAGAGGGUGAAGACUUGAUUCCUAAGGAAAUACUAGACUGCAUUGGAAACACUUUUUUCACCAGGAGACGCCAAAAGACUCGAAGAAGCCCCCACUCUCCAGGACACCCAAAAGACCAGCCUUUAUCAUCUGCAUGAUUCUAGGGGAAAUGGGGAGGGAAGAAGUCAAAGGGAAGAGGGGCAUGGAGAGUGUCCUUAUGACUUCACAGAGGGUGGAAACCAGGGGUGGAGGGGGAUAGAAAUCCGCAUGAUCGUAAAGGUUUUGUUAAAGGUCUUUGCCCUCUCUUCUGAAGAAGGAAUGCGAGCAUGCGUGAAUGAGCCAUUCCACCCUAUUCUCAGCACCCCAUUCCCAGGCUUCAGGCGAAAGGAAGCCAGCGCUGAAGCCGGUGGUAGAGCACAAAGAGACAAGACUUGAUCAGCUGAUCGCACUUGUGCCAGCUGGAUUCACGUUGGGCAUUACUGACAACCACUGGACAACAUAAACAGGCCAGACAAUCAGUAGAAUUCCCCUGCCUACGUAAAAGUGAACGGAAGCUAUAGGCACUGUGCAAUUUCCGCAGUCAUUCCUUCUGCGCCUUGCAACCAGGCAGAUGCAGCUAUCACGACCCUGCAUUGGAGUGGAUUUCAAAUUAGAGAUCGGACAUGCAGCAGGCAAGGGGAGGGUCAGCGGCCGACUUUAUUUUCUACUCUUAGGGACAGUGACAGGAACAUUGGUUUCUAAUGUCCACAGGAGGCUGCAGGCAUUGUGGGGUGGGGCCAUUUGUGCACAGUCAAGUUCUUUACCUAUUUCAUGUGACACUCGGGCCCCAGGAGCAGUGCUUAGAAAUCCAAGUGACGCUCUUUAUGUCUUUAUCCUUAUUUUGCACCUGGAGGCUCUCCGGUCGGCCCUUCUGUAUCUGCUUGUCAAGUAAAUCUGUCAGGGAGAAUCAAAGGACAGUGGCUCAUUUCUGCCAUGAGUGCCUUUUACUUACACUUGAUACUUUAAUGGGGAAGCGAGGACCUCAAGUCUCGGGCGGUCUCCUUACUGUGCUACUCACUAAUUACUCAACACUGUAGGCCCUUUGUAGGUCUUUACAUUUCCUUCCAAAAAAAGAUCAGACCAGUUAACUGUUAAGAGUUCAAAGUUUAGCUCAAGGAGAGAGAAGGGAAACCCCAGAAUAACCUUUGGACACUUUGGUGGAGGUCUCACACACUUUACCCUACCUAGGGCUUUACAAACUUUUGCCUUAUCCAAAAGUUACCACCCUUUAAGAUAGCGGGGAACCGGAACAGGGCAAGGAACCUGGCCAAAGUCACCCAGUUGGCCAGUGGCAGAGCAAAGAGGCUUACGGCUCAUGAGCCUGGAUCCAAACAGGAUUGGGUUGAGCCCUGCCUCUGCCGCUGACCAGCUGGUGCCUCUGGGAAAGUCACUCAGCCUCUCUGAUUCUUGUUUUAUCAGUGAAGCCCAGGCUAACAGUUCUGUUUUCCUCCCAAGACUACCGGGGAAAUUCAGUGGGAUGAUACAUGGAAAGCAUUUUGCCUACUGUCUGAGAAAUAAAUGCUCCGUCAAUAAUGGCUCUCAUUAUUAGCUGGAUAACAGAUGUCUGACUAAAACUCCUGCAUUCUUUCCACUGAAGAAAUGAUGUUUAUAUGGUGACCGCAGCCACCAAAAAGUGAAAAAGGCAACUAAUCCAUAACUCACAGGUUUCAUCCAGAUUCCACUUGAGUAUCUUCAAUGAAAAGGGAGCU